AUGGAAGGACGACCACGUUGGGCCGACUUGGCUGCGGCAGGCGCCGUGGGAUUUGCGGUGGGGCUCCUGGUCAUGUCCAAACGACGACCUGCCACUUCUACUACCAAGAAUUCCAAAAAGAUUACUACAUCCACAACACCGUACAAUCGAUUCGAUAAUCGACCAUCCUACACACCCGGUCAAACACCUCCUCCUCCCACUCUGUUUUUUGGAAAACACAAGAAAAUCUACAAUCCGGAAACUCUGACAUCCUGCUACAAUCUCGUCAUUUCUUCCGUGACGCCCCGUCCCAUUGCACUCGUAUCCAGUCACAAUCCCGACACGAACGUCGACAAUGUCGCUCCCUUUUCCUAUUUUGGAGCCGUCGCUCACGAUCCACCCAUGCUGGCCAUUGGAUUUUGUCGCAAAGGAGGUCAACAAAAAGAUUCGCUGGUCAAUAUUUUGCGGCAGAAACAGUGCUGUGUGAAUAUCAUGUCGGAAUGGUACUUGGAUGCGGCCAAUCAUUCCUGUGGCAUGUUUGCGCCCGACGUGGAUGAAUUUGACAUGGCAGGAUUGACCAAAGUAUACGAUUGUCAAGUCGUCCAAACGGUGCCGCGAGUGGGACAAGCCGCCGUCAGUUUUGAAUGUGUUUUGGAGCAUGUUCAUCCUGUUGUAUCCAACAAUAAUAGUCCAACCACGGAAAUUGUCUUGGUCAAGGUGGUACGCAUUCACGUCGAUGAAUCCGUACUCGUGCCCAACAAUAACGAUGACAAACCGGCAGUUGACACGACAAAGUUGCGACCCAUUGGACGAUUGGGAGGCAACAUCUACACCAGUCUGGGAGAUUUGGUCGAUAUUCCAAGACCGAAAGUGUAG